AUGAAGUCUUGGACAUUGCCAUCCCCCUUUUCCCCAGCUGGUGUACAGGAACAAGUCGGCCGGAUGCCCUACACUGCGCCGUUGAAGACGUUGCUCUCCGCGCAGCACAUUGAAUUUUCCCCCGAGACCUGCGAGCGGCCACCCUUGGUCCGCUCCUCGUCAGAACGGCUGCAGAACUCCCGUUCAUACUCCUCCACAUCAUACACCCGUCGUCAUCGAAGGAGCCCUUCGAUCAGUAAAGCAACAGUGCAUUCCGCUCCAGAGACCCCGGCCCGCGCCUCACCCUCCAUCGACCCACAUGCCAGUCUCCGCCAAUCCCCACCGCCGGUGAACAACGCCAUCAUACCUCCUGGGGCAGUCAUCUCGCCCCCCGAGUCCGGUCCCAACUCCAGCGAUGAGGAAUCACCCUACCCGCGUGGAGAGGGGUUGAAGAUGGAGGAGCUCGAGGCCGCCGUGCGCUCAAUCAAACUGAGAAGGGAGAGCUCGCCUGAGAGGAUGGGUCCGGAGCAGUCGGCGCAGGCCCCGACCUCCAAGUCGUCGACUGAGACCGACACCAAGCCGACUCGUCCCAAGCUUCCUCACUUACCCUUGUCCAAGGAAGCCCGGAAGAUCACCCACUCGCGAUCCUCCACCGAAACCGCCAUUGACUUCGCCCGGGAAGAGGCCCUGACAAGCUCGCCCGACGAUAGCGAUGUGGAAAUGACCGUGAAGCCCCCAAUGGUCAGAAAGAAGUCCGGCGAGCUGGUCCGCCCGGCUCUUCGCCCGGCUUCGGCCCGACGACGGCCUUCAAGCAUGCCCGGCACCCCAGUCUACGCCAAGGCGGUGCACUUCGACGCCCACCUCGAGCAUAUUCGCCACUUCCUGCAGCUCGACCGGCCAUUGGCUGUGAGCGCGGAAACGUCCCCGGUGGACAACCACGACACCAAAGGUGAAUUCCCUUUCAGAUCAGACUCAGGCCCCUCAUGGGAGUGGGAGAUCAAGCUCGCCAAUUGGCCCAAGAACGACUCGUCUCGUGCAAACAACCCCGUGCGCCUCGAGCGCUUGUUCUUGUCGGCUGAUAAGAGCACCUUGAUUGGCACCGUGGCUGUGGCCAACCUUGCCUUCCAGAAGUUCGUCACUGCGCGGUUCACCCUGGAUUAUUGGAGGACGACUUCGGAGGUCGGGGCGGCAUUUUGCCACGACGUUCGUCGUCAGCAAGCCGCCGAUGGGUUUGAUCGCUUUUCUUUCGAUUUCAAAUUGAAUGACCAGGCCAACCUCGAGACUAAAACCAUGUUCAUGUGCAUCCGGUACAACGUGGAUGGACAGGAAUACUGGGACAACAACGACUCGGUCAACUACCAGGUCGAUUUCCACAAGGUUUCCAAGGCCCCCGCGAACAAGCCCGCUGGCAGUAGCUCUCGCCCGGCUCUUCCUCGCAGCCGAUCCUUCACUAGCACCCACACCAUUCGCCCGCAGUCGAUGCCUCCCACCUAUGACUUCCCCGACCUGGGUGAGAAGCCGUCGUUCGCCAACCCGUUCAACGGUUCCAACGGUGUGCCUCUCACCCGGACGCCUUCGGAAGAGAUUGACACGGUCGCUCCGCCUAAGCGUCGCGAGAACUCCAACCGCCAAGCAUUCGGGAACCGGUACGAUUUCGGAGCGUCUUUGACUGCGGCUAUGCGGUCCAAGGCCCCCGUCGAUCGAACCACCCUGACUGCCCGUGCGAAAUCCGGAGAGUCCGCCCCGCCGGCCGCGAAGCCCGUCAAGAAGACUGCAAGCUUUGGUGGUCCUGGUCCUGCAGUGAGCGAUACCUCCCGCACCGGGGGUCGUGCGGAAGAUCUGAAACCUUCCUCUUUGGUAUCUAGCAAGCCACGCCUCGAGUCCACUGUGUACCAGGAGUUGGUCGAUAAGUACUGCUUCUAUGGGUCGCCCCAAGGCACCAGUCUGAAGGCACCACCGACCACUGCCACCACCCGUGGAGGUGAGGCUCCCAAGCACGUCUCCGUGCCUGCUUGCCCAUCCCCACCUCUCUCCCCACGCUCCCCGGCCCCUCUCAAGGCCCCUGAGGUCGAGGCCUCCCGUUCCAUCAGCCCCCGCGCCUCACCCCGUCCCUCCCCAUCCCCUCUGGGGUUUCACUACUCAUUCAACCGCGGUUUCAUGAAUGACCCUCACACGUCAACCGUUAUUAGAGGGUGA